AUGCAAUGGUCGAAAAAAAAACAGACGAAUCCUAAUCAAGCUUAUGAAAAAGUUCUAAAAUAUUUCAAUGAUGUCAAGUUUGGUGGGUUAUUUGUGUUUUGUACUAUAGUGAUUGGUCCUUUGAUAGGGGCUUUAAAUGAUUUGGGAAAAAUACCAUUAGACGAUCGUUCACAUUUCCCAUUAUUGUGGCCUAAGGUUAGUUUUACUUGCAAAGUAUUUUAAUAUAAUUCAAUAAUUAAAAGUAAAUUUUUUUUUUUUUUUAAUAAUUUGACUUUAAAUAUGCGUUUAUAAUUGCUAAUCGCUAGUUGAUAACGAAUAAACAUCCUAUAAUAAUAUAUAUUAAACACUAUAAAUUAUAUAACAUUAAUUAAUUUAUUAGUAGGAUAUGUAUUAUAUACAUAUAUAUAUAUAUAUAUAUAUAGUCAUAAAAGACAGUUUUCUAAUGAAUGUUUGGCUGGAACACGAUUAACCUUGAUCACAUCCAGAUUGAGCAGGGUUACAGUUAAACAAUAGAAACCCAAAAAACAACACGAUUGAGCAUGAAAAUAGGUGCGACGUUUCCACUUUGUACCGUAAAAUAUUAUUAUUAAAAAAUAAAAUACAUUUGAAUAUAAAUGUUUAAAAAUAAAAAACUUUAGUUGGUUUUUAAUCACAUAUUAUUACAUAUUAAGACAGCGUUUGCUGGGUCAGUAAGUUUAGUAUAUAUUACAAUUAAAAUUUGUUCCUUUAAAUACCGAAUAUAUAUAUAUAUAUAUAAAAAAUAAAUAAAAAAGGUUGAAAAUGUCAAUGGGAGCCAAACUUUACUACUUUUUAGCUUUAACUUUUGCCCUUUAAAAUAAUUGAAAUAUGUGGUUAAAGAGUAGAGAGACGCAGGAAGAGGAAUACAUGCGUCCAAAUUUUUAACUAUCUCCUUUUAAAUUUUCUUUGCAACAAACAAUUAUAUGAUAGGGGAAAGAUCAACAUUUUUCAUUGAUAAUGAUUCCCUCUCAGAUUUUUCGUAACUCUAAGUUCUAGUUUAAACAGGUUCAAACAUAUAAUAUAUGAUAAAAUAAGUACUACCUAUAAUAUAACACGAAAUAAAUUUAAAAUAUUAAUUUACUUUUUAUUUUAUUUUAAUAAUAUCACAUUAAUUUAAAGAAAAUUUAUUCCGUCUAACUUUUAUUUUAUUAAUAAAUUGGCUAGCAACAAUUGAUAGAUGUCUUCAUCGUCAUCGUUAUUAGUGGAAGAUUUAUUACCAAAAUAAUCUGAUAAUAUCUUUUGUUUAUUCAUUUAAAGAAAAUAUAUAAUAAAAUAAUUAUAUAAAACUACAAAAAUUCAAACUUUUUAAAUGCGAAUUGCAAAACAACAUUAUUUUGAUAAAAAAAAUGUCCGUUUACAAGAAUUUAUGAUAAGCUGUAGUCAGUAUAGCCACUGUCACAAUGUCACAAUAUUCAUAUCAUUAUCGUUAUAAUUUUAUUAUUAACAAUGUUCUCGAAUCUCAGAUAUAUUAUUCCGUAAACACGGUUUGAGAAACUCAAUCUUUUCAAUUGUUUGAUGGAAGUCAACAAUUUCAACACCAAAAUUUAUUUUAAAUAACACUCCACCUAUUUAAGGCAUUUUAAAUAAAGGUUGCUAUUUGAAAAUCAAAAGUUGGUAGUCAUUUCACAUUCAAAAAUAACAAUGACAAAAAAAAUGAAAUGUAAAAUGUUAGAACAAUUAGAUUCUGAGCAGAGCUAAUGACUUUACAAAAUUUUUAUUUUUUAUUUUUUUAUCAACUUUUCUAUCAGAAAACUUACUCAGAUUUUUAAGUAUAGCACCUUUUCUGAAAGGAAAUCAGUGUGAAAAGAUACUUUAAGAACGUCGUUUUUCAAUUUUCUCAGGAGUUUUCUCAUCAAAUUUGAAAAACCGGGAAAAACGUAAGAAAACUGGGAAAAUCGGUACAACAUUAAACAAAUAUUAUUAAAGAAAAUAUAUAAAGCAUAUAUAAUUAUUAUACUUUAAAAUGACAUACAUAUUGUUGACAAUGCAUCACUGUCAACUGAACUCCACUCAGAAUUGUUUUUUUCGUAAGCAAUAGUUUAUCGUUGUUUACAGGUACUAUUAAUAUCUAUAAAAGUGGCUACACUCGUCCCCAUUAUCCUAGAACGUCUUAUAUUUUUAUUACUUUCUAAUGCUGAACGAUAAUAUUGUCUAAAAAUUAUUAUUAAAUUUAUGCCUUUGUGCGUGUAUUUCAAUAAAUAAUGUCAAAUUAAUUUCAAAAUAUUUAUAUAUUGUAGUUUGGUGAAAAAAAUGAUCUCCGUACUUAUGGGAUGACUUAUUUGGCGCAAUUAUUGUCGAUUACUUUAACAUAUAUUUCGGUUGGAUCAUUCAAUUUUGGAUUUAUGGUUAUGUUGCAUGAAUUCCUUCACCAAUUUGGAAUGUUAUUAGAUGAAUUGAACGAAGCAUUCGAUUAUAGAAACGAUAAACAAUUUGAAAGACGUUUUAUUGAUUGUAUUAUUCACCAUCAAAUGAUAAUUAAGUAA